AUGGAAUAUACUAAAAGACGCCGGUGUACAGUUAAUAUUGAAAGUACUAAUCUUCACGAUAUUUAUAAACAUGAUUUGCAAAUGUAUGAUUUUUCUCCAUCAGGGGAAGUUCCACUUACAGAGUUUCAACAAUUAGGUGUUGAAAGAUUGAGACAUUUUGCAUACCUUUUACAUGCAAAAGGAUGCAAUUCACCUACAGAGACAGAUUUACAGUAUAGGAGAAAAGAUCAUAUAUCACAUUUUAUACUGAGAUUAUCAGUUUGCCAUGAUACAGACCGUCAGAUGUGGUUUAUUAAUCAAGAAGUAGAAUUUUUUAAAUUAAGAUUUAGUUCACUAGAUAAAGAAGGAGUAGAGAAAUUACUUUGCAUGCAUAAAAUUGACUGUCAACAAAUUACACCAGAAGAAAAGGAUGAACUUAAGGAGGAACUUCAUUCAUCCACAUCAAAAAUUACAAAUGUUGAUAUAGUAGAAUUUUAUAAAGUACCUUUUAGAAAAGUCACAGACCUAAUUAAAUCACGUAAGGUUUAUAUUUCUCAGGGAAUAGCAUAUGUACCGCAUACAGACUUGGUGUCUGUGUUUGUAUCUCAUUUUAGGAAAAAUAUGCAGAAUGGUAUGUCGCAUGCAAGACUUUCUGUCUCAAAUGUAUGUGAUGAUGAAAGAAUAAUAUCUUUUCUUGAUUCUUUACCUGGUUAUUUUGCUGGUAUGACACGUGUUGUAUGGACUACUACUACUACACCUAUAGACAAGUUGAACGAGUUAUCAAAAUCAUCAUAUCCUAUGUGCAUGAGGGUAUUACACGAAGCUCUUAAGAAUAACCAUCAUCUUAGGAAUAGUGGACGUAUUCAGUAUGGUUUAUUCCUAAAAGGUAUAGGAGUAACAAUGGAAGAUUCUAUGAAUUUCUGGAAAACAGAAUUUACAAAGAAACUAGAUGUAGAUAAAUUUGAAAAAGAGUAUGGCUAUGCUAUAAGACAUCUUUAUGGCAAAGAAGGCAAACAAACGAACUACACUCCUCUGGGUUGUCCAAAAAUUAUAGCCAGUUCUGUAGGUCCUGGAGAAUAUCAUGGCUGUCCAUACAAACACAUGGAUCAUGAAUCAUUGAGACAAAAAUUAUUCAGUUUUGGCCUAUCUGCAGCAAACAUCACUGAAAUAGCAGAAUUGGCCAAGGAUUGGCAUUAUAAUAUUGCAUGCACAACAUAUUUUAAAGCUUUACAUAAUAAUCGUUUGCCAGAGAAACCUGUUAUUCAUCCAAACGGAUAUUUUCUAGAAAGUCGAAAUAUAAUGGCUAAAGAUAGUCCCACAGAAGUUGAAGGCAAGGAAAGACAGACGCAAAGUUCUUCACAAAAUCUUACACAAAGUGGAAGAUUAAGCGAUAAAAUAGGUACUCCUAACAGAAUCGAUAGAAAUAGUGGUACACCUUUAAGGAAUAUCGCUACACCUUCCAGAAGUUCAGAUAGAACGCCUACUACACCAAUGAGAAGAAUAGACAGAACGAGUAUGAUGACUCCGGUGAAAUCAGUUAAAGCGACUCCGAAGAGAAUAGAAAAUCAUCUUAACGACGAUGAGAUCGCUGAGUUGAUGAGCGAAGAUAUGUGA